AUGUUAUCCUUUAAAGAAUCAUGCAGUCCAGCUUUUAACAAAGCAACAUUUAAACUUCCUUUUCCACCUGACUUCAACGUUGUGGCUGACAUUGUUAAUAAGCGAAAGUCUUCACAAGUUAAUUUAAAAGCUCCAAAUGCAUUCUUAAUAUAUCGCAAAGUUUUCCUAGACUACCUUUGCACUACUAAUCACAAUCUUAAAAUGACUGAUGUCUCAAAAUUAGUCGGUAUUUAUUGGAAAAAUGAACCGGAAUCUGUUAAAUCAUUUUACAAAAAGGUUUCUCAACAAGUUGAGUGUGAGUUGAACGAAAAAAGAAAAGCGAAUGUAUCAUUUUGUCGAGUAGUUUGGAAAAACUCAAAAUUAUCAGGACUUUCUAAGCGAAGACGAAAAGUAGCAAAGAAAAAAAGACAAUUUAAUUUUAGCGCCAAUACUACAUCUAAGCAUCCUUCGCGUAACAUAUUUUAUGAAUUUGUUAAUGUCACACCAGAAGUUAUUCUUGCUUCCAAACCAGGAAUGUUGAAAAUUGAUAAUCUCUCGCUUUCUGCUUCUGCUGGAAAUCGCCGCAAUUUUAUGAACACUAUGUCAAAAGAUAAAUCACAUAUAAUUAAACAUAACGAUAAUCAUAAUGUAUACUCACGUGAUAGCGAAAUUCACAAAGUUGACACGAAUCCUGUAUCGGUCGACACGGAAGAAAAUAUUCCUUUACUAAAUAACAACAUUCCAGAGUAUUCUCUUCAUCAUGAAGAAUUUAUGCAACAUGCUUUUACCCAAAACUUAUAUUUUUCUCAGAAUAUUCUAAACUUUGAUUAUGACACAAAUUAUGAUAUAUUGGACUAUUAUUUGCAAGAUUUUUCGGAAUAG